UAGUGCUAGACAAUCUAACUCUCACAACCAUCCAUCCAUCCAUCCAUCUAUCCAUCAUUGCUCAAAGAUUAAAAACAAUGCCAAGCAUCCCCCUUUUAGAUCUUCACCAAUAUCACGCUGUAGAUCGCUCUUUGUUUGUGCAUUUAGUGAUGCACUUAUCUCGCGAUCCAGCAGAAACAAUGCUAGCAAUGGCAUUCUGGUUUUGGUUGGAAGACAACAGUCUCCCUUGCCUUGUUACAAGGCUUUUAAGGGCACCAAACUUUGUUGUUAACAAGGUAGCAGAUGAAGCAAGGUUGUGCUUGAAUUCACUAGCUGCUGAUCAACCCAUGCCUGCUAUUACCCAAACACCCUUCACUACAGCUAUCAUGGGGGAUAACAUUCCUUUAGACAUGAUGCACGCAGAUAAACCUGCUACUGUAAAUGGUAUUAAAUACUACCUUACUGAUGUCUGUGCUCGUAUAUUUACUGAUAUCUUAGACCAAGUUAUCAUAGGUAAUUCUGCAGAUCGUCCCUUCUAUCACACCUUGAAUGUUCCAGGUUUUCCUCAUCCUAUCUUUGGAGAUGUUACCAUUUUGAAGUUGCCUUUGUCUGAGAUCUUUCCUGUUGAUGAUCUGUGGGGAUGGAGUAUACCCGAAUUUUUACCCGAAUUUAGUCCCAGUAUUACUCCCAAUAUUACUCCCAUGUAACCGCUGGAUUGAAGAGCUCGGGUAAGGACGGAAUUCCCAGAGUUUAAAUAAAAGUUACCCGGGUUUGAGCUGGGUUAAGACCGUCGUUAGAAUUGUCAUAAGCUUGGUAGUUCCCCUGUUUUUUAUGUGCAAUUUAAGUUUAUAAAACAGUAUCAAAGUGUGGUUAUUAUGUUGUGAAACUUGUCUCUGGUUCUCAGAUCUUUUAUUUUGCUCUGGGUACUUUAAAAGCUAUCUGAGAUUAUCUAACAACAGAUUUCAUAUCAUUAAAUUAAUUAACAUGUACAUCAAUUCACAAAUGAUAGU